UGCUGUGGCUUCCCUGCAUCCCAAACGAAAACAAGUGACAGAAUUGUUACUUAGAAAAGGAGCAAAUGUCAAUGAAAAAAAUAAAGAUUUCAUGACUCCCCUGCACGUUGCCGCGGAAAGAGCUCAUAAUGAUGUCAUGGAGGUUCUGCAUAAGCAUGGAGCAAAGAUGAAUGCACUGGAUACCCUUGGUCAGACUGCUUUGCAUAGAGCUGCCCUAGCAGGUCAUCUGCAGACCUGCCGCCUCCUGCUAAGCUAUGGCUCUGAUCCCUCCAUCAUCUCCUUACAAGGCUUCACGGCAGCACAGAUGGGAAAUGAAGCAGUGCAGCAGAUUCUGAGUGAGAGCACACCUAUACGUACUUCAGAUGUGGACUAUCGGCUCUUGGAGGCAUCAAAAGCUGGUGACUUGGAAACUGUGAAGCAACUUUGCAGCCCUCAAAAUGUGAAUUGCAGAGAUCUGGAGGGCCGGCACUCCACACCCUUACACUUCGCAGCAGGCUAUAAUCGUGUAUCUGUGGUCGAGUACCUUCUGCACCAUGGUGCAGAUGUCCAUGCCAAAGACAAAGGAGGCUUGGUGCCCCUUCAUAAUGCCUGCUCCUAUGGACAUUACGAGGUAGCUGAGCUUUUAGUGAGACAUGGGGCUUCGGUCAAUGUGGCGGACUUAUGGAAAUUUACCCCUCUACAUGAAGCAGCAGCUAAAGGAAAAUAUGAAAUUUGCAAACUCCUUUUAAAACAUGGAGCUGAUCCAACUAAAAAGAACAGAGAUGGAAAUACGCCUCUGGAUUUGGUCAAAGAAGGAGAUACAGAUAUUCAGGACUUACUGAGAGGGGAUGCUGCCUUGUUGGAUGCUGCCAAGAAAGGCUGCCUGGCAAGAGUGCAGAAGCUCUGUACGCCAGAGAAUAUCAACUGCAGAGACACCCAGGGCAGAAACUCAACUCCUCUGCACCUAGCAGCAGGCUACAAUAACCUGGAAGUAGCUGAGUAUCUUCUAGAGCAUGGAGCAGAUGUUAAUGCCCAGGACAAAGGCGGUUUAAUUCCUCUUCAUAAUGCAGCAUCUUAUGGGCAUGUCGACAUAGCAGCAUUACUGAUAAAACACAACACAUGUGUAAAUGCAACUGAUAAGUGGGCAUUUACUCCUCUUCAUGAAGCAGCCCAAAAAGGAAGGACACAGUUGUGUGCCCUACUACUAGCACAUGGUGCAGAUCCAACUAUGAAGAACCAAGAGGGUCAGACACCGUUAGAUCUGGCAACAGCUGACGAUAUCCGAGCUUUGCUGAUAGAUGCCAUGCCCCCUGAGGCCUUACCUACCUGCUUUAAACCUCAGGCAACUGUCGUGAGUGCUUCUCUGAUCUCACCAGCAUCCACCCCCUCCUGCCUCUCUGCUGCCAGCAGCAUAGAUAACCUUACUGGCCCUUUAGCAGAGUUGGCAGUAGGAGGGGCCUCCAAUGCAGGGGAUGGUGCAGCGGGUACAGAAAGGAAGGAAGGAGAAGUUGCAGGUCUUGACAUGAAUAUCAGCCAAUUCCUAAAAAGCCUUGGCCUUGAACACCUUCGGGAUAUCUUUGAAACAGAACAGAUUACACUAGAUGUGUUGGCUGAUAUGGGUCAUGAAGAGUUGAAAGAGAUAGGCAUCAAUGCAUAUGGACACCGCCACAAAUUAAUCAAAGGAGUAGAAAGACUUUUAGGCGGACAACAAGGAACUAAUCCUUAUUUGACUUUUCACUGUGUAAAUCAGGGAACUAUAUUGCUAGAUCUUGCUCCAGAAGAUAAAGAAUAUCAGUCAGUAGAAGAAGAGAUGCAGAGUACUAUUCGAGAACACAGAGAUGGUGGAAAUGCUGGUGGCAUCUUUAACAGAUACAAUGUCAUUCGAAUUCAAAAAGUUGUCAACAAGAAGUUGAGGGAGCGAUUUUGUCACAGACAAAAGGAAGUAUCUGAAGAGAAUCACAACCAUCACAAUGAGCGCAUGUUAUUUCACGGUUCUCCUUUCAUUAAUGCCAUUAUUCAUAAAGGGUUUGAUGAGCGACAUGCCUACAUUGGUGGAAUGUUUGGAGCUGGAAUUUAUUUUGCUGAAAACUCCUCAAAAAGCAACCAAUAUGUUUAUGGGAUUGGAGGAGGAACAGGCUGUCCCACACACAAAGACAGGUCAUGUUAUAUAUGUCACAGACAAAUGCUUUUCUGUAGAGUGACCCUUGGAAAAUCCUUUCUGCAAUUCAGCACCAUGAAAAUGGCCCAUGCCCCUCCAGGACAUCACUCAGUCAUUGGUAGACCAAGUGUCAAUGGGCUGGCGUAUGCCGAAUAUGUUAUCUACAGAGGAGAACAGGCAUACCCAGAAUAUCUCAUUACCUACCAGAUCAUGAAGCCAGAAGCUCCUUCACAGACUGCAACAGCCGCAGAGCAGAAGACCUAGUGAAUGCCCAUGGUAAAGGCCAGAUCGGAUUCCAACCUGGGACUGGAUUACAGUGGAUUGUUUCCAACAAAAAAUGAAUAGUCUAUAAAUCCCUGACAGCCUAGAAAUAAGCUACUUGUCUUUUCUAAAGCAUUACUAUAGUGAUGAAUA